AUGUCUCGUAAUCAGGCUGGACUAGAAAACACUUUGUUUCAGCUAAAAUUUACUUCCAAGCAGCUACAGAAGCAAGCUCAGAGGGCCGUCAAGGAGGAGAAGCAAGAAACCGCUAAAUUAAAGAAAUCUCUAGGUGAAAGUGAAGAGAUUGCCAAAAUAUAUGCGUCAAAUGCAAUCAGAAAGAAAAAUGAAAGGUUGCAGCUGUUAAAAUUGGCAUCGAGAGUUGAUUCGGUGGCAUCGAGAGUUCAGACUGCGGUUACAAUGAGGCAGGUGUCCAGUUCAAUGGGAUCAGUUUGUCGUGGUAUGGAUAAGGCAUUACAAAGUAUGAACUUACAACAAAUUACAAUGGUGAUGGAUAAAUUCGAACAGCAAUUUGAAGAUCUGGACGCAAGUGUAAACGUCUACGAAGACAUGGGUAGUAACAGCGAUGCAGUAAUUGUUGAUGGUGAUAAAGUUGAUGAAUUGCUGAAUAAAGUUGCGGAUGAGAAUGGAUUGGAAUUAAAGCAACAGGCAAAGCUAGAUGACUUGCCAGAGAUUGAACAACCUCAAGCUAAUGAAGAAAAGGAGGAUAAAUUAGCCCAAAGGCUACGUGCAUUAAGAGGUUAG